AUGCAGGCCUUCACGGUUCAUCUAAUAGCAAAGGCGGACCCUAUAAAGUAUGUUAUGUCUAGGCCGAUUAUCUCUGGACGCUUAGCCAAAUGGGCGGUUAUACUCCAGCAAUAUGACAUUGUCUAUAUAUCCCAAAAGGCGAUAAAAGGACAAGCGUUGGUAGAUUUUUUGGCGGACCACCCAAUUCCUUUAGACUGGAAGUUAUGUGAGGAUUUGCCAGAUGAUGAAGUUUUCUUCACGGAAAUGGUGGAACCUUGGACUAUCUUUGCGCUUGCUGAAUUGUGCUCAAACAAUGUCGCUGAAUAUCAAGCCUUGAUAAUUGGCCUUCAAAUGGCAUUAGAAAUCAGAGUAUCAUUCAUAGAAAUUUACGGCAAUUCAAAGUUGAUAAUCAAUCAACUCUUGCUUCAGUAUGACGUGAAACAUGAAGACUUGAAGCCAUACUUCACUUAUGCUAGACAAUUGAUGGAAAGGUUUGACAGUGUGAUGCUGGAGCAUGUCCCUAGAACAGAAAACAAAAGAGCAGAAGCAUUGGCAAAUUUAGCCACUGCCUUGAUGAUGCCGGAUAACAUAGCUCUAAAUAUACCACUUUGUCAACAAUGGAUUAUGCCUCCACUUUUUCCUGAAUGUCAGGAAGCGAACGUAACGACAUCUCAUUUGAUUAAUGAAGAAGAUUGA